AAAUGAAAAUCAAAUAUCAACCUCUUUAGUUGUCAUCUGUCAUUUAAGUAAUAGUUUCAUUCCAAAAUGAAGAUCGGACUUUGUGCUUACAGCGGGUACAAAAUUUACCCCGGACAUGGCAAAACAAUGGUUAAAGUUGAUGGAAAGACCUUCACUUUCCUCAACUCAAAAUGUGAAAGGGCACACUUGAUGAAAAGGAACCCCCGUAAAGUAACGUGGACCGUCUUGUACAGACGUAAACACAAGAAAGGUCAGGAGGAAGAAGCUACCAAAAAACGUACCAGAAGAACACAGAAAUUCCAAAGGGCUAUUGUAGGAGCUUCUUUAAAUGAUAUCAUGGCCAAGAGAAAUCAAAGGCCAGAAGUAAGAAAGGCACAGAGAGAACAAGCCAUUCGUGCUGCUAAAGAACAGAAAAAGAGCACAAAGACCGCCAAGAAGGCUACAGCCCCUGCCAAGGCCAAACCAGCUCCUAAACAAAAAGUAAGCAAGAAUUUACCCAAAGCUGCACCUAGAGUAGGAGGAAAACGUUAAUAUUAUGUAAACGUUAUUUAAUAAAAUAAGUUUUUUUCCAUCUAAA